AAUAAAGAAAUAAAUUUAAGGAGCUCAGACCAGCUUCGUAAUCUCAUUUUGUGCCGGCCAAAGAUUCUCCCGCAGAGUUAUAACACCAAUGUUCUCCUUGAGAGUUUCAUCAUCAAACCAUGGCAGAACCAGGAGUGGCCAUGGAUGUAGAGCAUGUUCUCCGUAUGAAAGAAGGCCUUGGAGACACCAGCUAUGCCCAAAACUCAUCCCUUCAGAAUAAGACUAUGCAAACUUUAAGACACAUGAUAGUGAAAGCCGCAGCGGAAGCUAGUGAGUCUUUGGCAUUAGAAAGCAUGACUAUGGCCGAUCUAGGCUGCGCUUCGGGACCGAACUCACUGUCUUUAGUGGGGGAUAUAAUCAAAGCUGUAUGUCAGAAGAGUGGGGAGGGGGCGAGGCCGGUACCAGAGUUCAUGGUGUUUCUUAAUGAUCUUCCUAGCAAUGACUUCAAUGCCAUGUUUUCGAGCUUUCCGGGAUUCAUCGUGAGGAUUGGUGCUGAUGCAGGGGCUCAGGUGUUCUUGGCUGGUGUCCCCGGGAAUUUCUAUGGCAGGCUCUUCGGAAAAGUUUGCUUGCAUUUCAUCUUCUCAUGCUAUAGCCUUCAUUGGCUUUCCCAAGUGCCUUUGGGACUUUAUAAUGAUGAAGGCAAGUCGAUGAAUAAGGGAAAAGCAUAUAUAUCAGAAACAAGUCAACCGAUUGUAACAACAGCCUAUUUCAAACAAUUUCAAAUGGAUUUCAAUCUCUUUCUCAAGUCAAGAUCAGCAGAAUUAAAAUCCAGUGGAAAAAUGGCUCUGCUCUUGCUUGGAAGGAGAACUCAAGGCCAUCAAGACAUGGCAACCAAUUUCUUUUGGAACAUGCUUGACAAAUCAUUCUCAAUCUUGGUUUCUCAAGGAAUGGUUGAAGAAGAUAAGGUGGAUUCAUAUAAUGUUCCAUUCUAUGCUCCAUCAUCAAAGGAAGUAGAAGAUGAAGUAGAGAGAGAAGGGUCAUUUGCAAUUGAGCACAUAGAGGUGUGUGAGUUCAGUUCUAGCAGUGGAGAUGCAGAGAAGGAUGUGAGAACCGCAGCAAUGGCAAUCAGAGCCAUUCAAGAGUCCAUGAUCAAGCACCACUUUGGAGAACAAAUCAUUGAUCCUUUAUUCAAAGUUUUUACUGACCUGCUUACUGAGGCAAGAGCAAAAGCAGAAAUAAAAGGAGUGCACUUAAUUGUAAUUCUCAAAAAAUCAGCUUGAGAUUCACUGUUCUUUCAUGUAAUUUUCUUUGUUUCAAAAUAAAUAAAUAAAAACACCUCUCAUGGUACCCUUUCAUGUGUCA